AUGGACAGAGCUGCUCUUGGCCAGGAGACACACGAGCUCUUACCUGCUUUGCCCCAAGAAGCUCCAGGUUCCGUUGAAGAGUCCUCUGAACCACUAGCUCCAUCCAAAUUAGCGCCAAACCUCGACGCUGAACACCAUCAUACCGACAAGCACCCUGCUAUUACCGUCAAAUCAGUUGCCAAGAGCUCCGCAUCCUUUAAAGUCAAGAAAGAGGAAAAGGAGGAAAAGCGGAAGGCAUCAAAGGUUCUGGAAAGAGGUUGGACAAUCCUAAACCCGGCUUUCAGCCCUGAACAUUAUCGAAGAAGAAAUCUUGUUUCUGAUAACAAAAUGCACUCCUACAUCCAAUUCAUCACAACGCCUACGUCCGACACCCCUGGCACGGCUCUGUUCCUACACUUCGACGAUAAACGAUACAUCAUCGGAAAUGUGCAUGAAGGUCUACAACGAGCCAGUCUGCAGAUGGGAACGCGGGUGUCUAGUACUAAAGACAUAAUCCUCACUGGGAGGACGGAAUGGCAGUCGAACGGAGGUUUGCUGGGAAUGAUUUUGACCCUUGCGGAUGCCGCAAAGGCAAGCGCUCUAUCGAAGGCGGAAUCGGCCAGGUUGAAGCUCGAGAUUUAUAAGAGAAAGACAGAAGAGGAGGAAGAACGUCGAAGAAGGAAGAAGAAACUUGAUCCGAAGCCAGAUACCAGUCCAACUUGGGCGACCCCUACGCCGCCAAGCACUCAACUGGUGGAGGAAGACCCAACAUUGAGACUUCACGGCGGACCCAAUCUUACUCACACGCUCGCUACCGCCAGAUCAUUCAUCUUCAGAAAGGGCACGCCGAUCAAAGUUUUUGAACACAUUGGAGAGCAAGACGUAGUGAACGCUGCGGAGCGAGAUUGGAAACCCACCUGGUCCGACCGCAGAAUCCAAGUAUGGGCCAUGCCAAUUAUCCCGUCAAGUGUCUCCGAGAUCAAUGAGGGCCCAAAGCCAGAUUCGCCUCGGAAACGGAGCCUGGGUGAAUUCAUGACAGGGGAACGUCCUAGGGAAAAAGAGGCCUUGGACCAGUGGUCUGUCCACCCAAUACCGCCAGAGGGCCAGGAAGAACAGAAUCAACGGACUCGGGAAUUUGCUGUCUCACAGAUGUUCUCCUCGGCAUGGAGUAAUGACAACCUGAUUGAGAUGCCACUACGAGAAAUUAAGAUGCCGGCAGCGCUGCUCGUUCGAGACCGAGUGACGAAAGAGUUGACGAGGUAUGAAGGUCCAAAGCCUGAUGGUACCGCCCCUGUGCCAGACAUCAACGUGUUGGUCCGCCAAGCCUGGCCUGGGGCUCUGAUUGAUCAACUCCCUCCCACAAAACGGUCUUCGACCGCAAUGUCAUACAUUAUUCGAAACCAUAAAAUGAGGGGGAGAUUCAGGCCUGCUGCUGCUGAAGAAAGGAAUGUACCGCCAGGACCUUUAUGGGCAGCCCUCACGUCAGGCUCUUCGGUGCAGUCAAGCGAUGGUGUCACCGUCACACCCGACAUGGUCUUAGAACCCAGCAAAGAGGGAUCUGGCAUUGCGGUGGUCGACCUGCCAUCCAGAGAAUACGUCCAUGAUCUUGUCCACAGAGCAGAGUGGAGGGCUGAGAAGGUUAUGCGCGGUGUUGUGGCAGUGAUCUGGAUUCUCGGCCCAGGUGUCGUAGAAGACCAGACACUGCUCAAAUUCAUCGAGGGGCAUUCAGGAAUCCAGCAUAUUAUCUCAUCUCCUGAACAAUGCCCAGACUACCUUUCCAUGACUUCAGCAGCGUCCAUGGCCAUCCGGCACAACCAAAUCGACCCUGCACGAUAUGCCAUACCAGUGCAUAGCAAUGCUGUCCCACCAACGUCGAGCAAACCGUCCGAUGCUAAAGGGACGUCGGUCCAAGCGUUAUCCAAGUUUUGUCGACCCGCUAGGAGGGGUCUUAAAUUACAGCUUGAACCCAAAUUUAGUAUCUCAAAGGAAGCAGUGGUGCCUGUCCUCAACACAGCACUUGUUGUGCGGGAGACCUCUCAUUAUGCCCUUAAGCUAUCAAAGGUUGCCAGGCAAGAGAUCAGUUCGCCUGCGGUUCAGGCGGAAACACUCAGUCAGAACCUCCCUAGCCCCGAUGCUGAGAUCACAUGCUUGGGUACUGGCUCAGCAUUGCCGUCUCAGCAUCGCAAUGUCUCUGCCACUCUCUUACGAGUGCCUGGCUGCGGAUCGUAUUUGAUGGAUUGUGGCGAGAACACGCUUGGACAGCUGAAACGGAUGUACACAGCGCCUCAACUCGCGGAGCUCUUACGGGAUCUUAAGCUUAUAUGGAUCAGCCAUCUACAUGCUGACCAUCAUCUUGGGUUGACUUCUGUAAUCAAGGCUUGGUACGAAGAAGUCCAUGGCAAGGACGAGGUGAAGCGCCGAAGGCCAACGAUAAUGGAAAUGCUAAAUCCAGCCAAGCUUCUGGAGGACGGCAAGCGGCUUUUUGUUGUUGGACACGAAAAUAUGAAGAGAUGGUUGGAAGAAUACUCGUCUGUCGAAGAUUUUGGAUAUGACCAACUUGUGCCGCUGGUCUCGUAUCCCAUCAACACCCGAGCUAUCGAUAUUUGCAGCCUUGAGUGGAAUGGCACCGAUGUUGGAUUCCAGGUCUCGAAAGACCCCAAGGUUAAAUCCGCUAUUCGCAGAGCUACUGGCCUCUCCAAUCUGGUCAGUUGUGGCGUCUCCCACUGUUACGGCUCCCAGGCCGUCUCCCUCACCUUCCCAACUGGCUUCAAGUUCUCCUACAGCGGCGAUUGCCGUCCCUCAAGAGCUUUUACGGAGAUUGGAAAGCACUCUACUGUCCUUUUGCACGAAGCAACCUUCGAUGACGAGCUCAAAAGCGAUGCGAUAGCCAAGAAGCAUAGUACCGCCAGCGAGGCCAUCGGCGUUGGCGUUGCGAUGGGAGCGCGGAGAGUGAUUUUGACCCAUUUCAGUCAGCGGUAUCAGAAUAUUCCCAGUAUCAGUAGUCUGGACACUCGUAUUGUCAAGUUGGAAGAUGCAGAAGAUGUCGAGGAUCCGUCGGCGGGUAUGGAUCAGCCCGUUGAGGAGUCAAGCCACCCAGUCAGACCCCAAGCUACGAUCGACAACAUCUUAGACAGUUUAGAUGAGAAACCAUCACAAGCUCAUACCGAGCCUCAACCGCAAACACAGGAACCCCCACACCCCAGUGCACUAGGUCUGCGGUCAGCAUCCGCCCCCAACGCCCUGGCCCAAAUAACUGCCUCGAACAUCAAUCCCACUCCGCGCCAACAACUCAACGACAUGAAAACCUGUGUCGCAUUCGACUACAUGCGUGUCAAAGUUGGGGAUAUAAUACAUCUCGAAAAAUUUACACCUGCACUGCGGGAACUGUAUAAAGGGAUCGUAGAGGAAGAGAAGGAUAGUAGAGCUGCGAAAGAAGCUUUUUCAGACGACGAGAAUGAUGUGCUUAAGAAAGAGCAAUCAGGUAAAGGGGGUAACACGGAGAAGAGGACAAAGGAGGAGAAGGCGGAGAAGGCGAGAAAGGGUCAGAUUAAGGCUGCGACGAAGAAGCAGGAAAACAAGGCGAGAUGGGAGAAGGAGAAGAGGGAGAAGGAAGAAAAGAGCAAGGGUGGGGAGGACGCGAUGGAGGGAGUGGAGAUGACGGAGCCGGCGGUGGAGAAGAUGAGAGCUGUACAAUAA